AUGACUCUUAAGCUGCGGAGUUUCCUAUACUCCUUGGGGAAGAAGCCACCAGUUGAUAUGGGAGAACUGAUGGGCAGAGCACAGAAAUAUGUCAACCCGAAGGAGAUGAUGGAUACAAGAAGAAAUUGGAUCGAGUUGAAAAGAAAGGGUAACAUAGAGGUUGGCGAAUCUUCUAGAGCCGGGAAGAGACAGGAGAACAACAAGCUACAUGCCAGCUCUAAGGCGAUGGGGCACACCAGGAUCACGGCACGAUACCGAGGAGUGUGUUCAACUAAAAAAAAUGAAAUUGAGGCCUUGAUAAAAAGAGGUCAUUUGUCGAGGUUCGUAAAGAAAGGGGAUCGUCGAGGGGAAGCUUAUGAGCAAAAAAAGCCAAACGGAGAUGAUAAAGAGGAACAAAUCGUUGGAGAAAUUGUCGUGAUCUUUGGUGGACUCACCAGUGGCGGAGACAGCAGAGGCGCUCGAAAGAGGUAUACCAAGAAGGUGCUCUUAAAGGAGAAAAGGGAGCCAAAUGGAAAAAGACAAAAGCAAGAAGACACUAUCACCUUCAAUAGUGAAGAUGAAGAAGGAACACAACAACCCCAUGAUGGCGCCCUAGUGGUAUCCCUUCUAGUGGUCAACUACAAAGUAAGGCGCAUGCUGAUAAACAACAGGAGCUCGAUCAACAUAAUAUUCUGGUCGGUGCUCCAAGGAAUGAAGAUCAGUAAGGAACUCCUUAAAUCAAUAUCCACCCCAUUGGUUGGAUUUGGGGGAGACAUAGUACAUCCCGUGGGAAUGCUUGCACUCUCGGUGACAAUUGGGACAACCCCACAACAAAUCACCUCAUUGAAAGAUUUCCUGGUGGUUGAUCGACCAUCAGUAUACAACAUUAUACUGGGCCAUCCAUCGCUCAAUGCGGCCCCAGCCAUAACGUCCAUUUAUCACCUCAAGAUAAAAUUCCCUACCCUACACGGGACAGGGAUGAUCAACAGAGAUAAAGCUGUAGUUUAG